CACUAACAAUCUUCAACACCCUCGACACUCUUGCAUCCUCCCACCUCACACCUCCCACACGGCCAUGGGCAACAGCAGCUGCUAAGAGGACAAUGCUUCGCGCGAGGACACCGACUGCCUCGCCCCGCACAUCGCCGCCGCCGCCCCUAUCGCCCACCCGCCUGCGCGCAUCCCGCUCCUCGAGCGCAGCGAGCACCAUGAUCCCCUCGCAUCGCGGCCCGCACGGCGCGUUCGAGGUCGUCGACCCCGCGUCGCACGCCGACCACAAGAAUUGCAACGUGACCGACCUGACCGUCUCGACGCCGGGCAACACGCGCCGCGCGACCGACGAGCCGCCGCCCCCGCGCUGGCGCACGCCCGAGUUCUACGCCUACUACGUGUUGUUUGUUCUCGUCGUGCCGCUGCUCGUCUACUGGCCCAUGCGACUAAGCACAUCGAGUAACCAGAACUACUGGACGUACGCACACAAGCUGUCCCCUGGGUGGAUGUAUGGGCGCCAGGUGGACGCAAGCGACGGACAGUAUCGCAACUUCCGCAACAACCUGGGCUCGCUCGCCCUCCUCUCCAUCGCGUUCCUUGUCCCCUCGCAUCUGGUCCGCAGGGCGGGCUGGAGUGACGCCGACAAGCGUGCGCGGUUCAUCGCGGCGUUCGCCCUUGUCAUGCUCACAGUCCUGCACGGCGUCGGCGUGUUCAAGGUGCUCGCGAUCCUCGUGGGCAACUACUACGCGGCCAAGGCGACAAAACCGCCUGGUAUCGAGCGUUUCUGGCCCGCCAUCGUCAUCGUCGCCAACAUGGCCAUCCUGUUCGCCAACUGGAAGUUUGACGGAUACAAGUUUGGCGCGCUGCACUCUGCCCUUGGCGACCUCGACGCGCUGACUGGCAUCCUGCCCCGCUGGCACAUUGGCUUCAACAUCACCAUGCUGCGGAUCGUGAGCUUCGCCGUCGACUACCACUGGCGCGCCGCGCCGCCGUCGUCGCCCCCAACAGAUCACAGAGGACGGACGGGCUCGUCGCUUCAAGAGUCAGACUACAACCUCGUCAACUUCAUCGCGUAUGCCCUGUACCCGCCGCUCUACAUCGCCGGCCCGAUCCUCACGUUCCAGGACUUCAUGUGGCAGCUGCACCGCCCGCUCGACAUCACCACGCGCGAACGCAUCUCGUAUGCCGUUCGGUUCGUGUUCUGCCUACUCACGAUGGAGAGCAUCCUCCACACGAUGUACGUCACGGCCAUCAAGGACACGCGCGCGUGGCAGGGCGCCAGCCCGGCCGACCUCAGCAUGAUUGGUUUCUGGAAUCUGGUCAUCGUUUGGCUGAAGCUCCUCAUCCCGUGGCGCUUCUUCCGCCUCUGGUCGCUGUUCGACGGUAUCGACCCACCAGAGAACAUGAUCCGCUGCGUCGCAAACAACUUCUCGACCCUCGGCUUCUGGCGCUCGUGGCACAGAAGCUACAACCUUUGGGUUGUCAGGUACAUCUACAUCCCUCUCGGUGGCGCGAAGAACAUGAUCCUCGCGACGCUUACCGUGUUCACGUUCGUCGCGCUGUGGCACGACCUCUCGUUCAAGCUCCUGGCAUGGGGCUGGCUCGUCAGCCUGUUCAUUCUUCCCGAGCUCAUUGGCCGCUUCCUCGUUCCAGCGUCCAAGUACGGUGGCGAGUGGUGGUACCGCCACGUCGCGGCUGCCGGCGGCGUCGUCAAUAUCCUCCUCAUGAUGUCGGCCAACCUCGUGGGCUUCGUCCUCGGUGUCGAAGACAUGUUGCACCUGGUGUACGAGCUCAUCUCGACAUGGAAUGGCUGGGCCUUCUUCAUCUUUGCUAGCAGUUGUCUCUUCGUCGGCGUGCAGGUCAUGUUCGAGUACCGCGAGGAGGAGGCACGACGGGGCAUCGACAGGAGAUGUUAGUAGGGACUUUUUAUCCGAAUAGACCAUUGCAUCACAGAGACAUUUGUUAUUACCUAGUGUCCGUUACUCACUCCCACUCUCAU